AUGACUUCGGUUCCAACUCUACCUUCUUCAAAUUGGCAAAAACUUAAAUCCCGUAAUGAAACGGAUUACAAAUCAAAUAAAAGUGUGAAAACAAGCUCAAAUGGUUCGUCAACAAAUGUUAUAACGACUCAAAUAAGUGACUUAUGGUUCGAUGAUAUUAAAAAAAGAGGAUUUAAUCAAAUGAAUGAAUCCUCCUCAAGAGAAAGUUCAUUAAUUUCAGAAGUUUCCUCUACAAAUAAUAAAACAAAAAUUGGGAAAUAUAUUGCAAUUGAUUGUGAAAUGGUUGGAGUUGGAGCUGGUGGAGUUCAAUCGGCUCUUGCAAGAGUGACGAUAGUAAAUUACUAUGGUGUAAUAAUAUUAGAUAAAUAUGUCAGACCUAUAGAAAGAGUUACUGAUUUUAGAACUGAAAUUAGUGGAAUUACACCAAAAUUAUUAGUAAAUUCACACGAUUUUAACCAAGUCCAACAAGAAGUUUACAACAUAAUUAAAGAUAGGGUAGUAAUUGGACACGCUCUUCACCAUGAUUUUAAAAUGUUAAUGUUAGAUCAUCCACGUAAGAUGAUACGUGAUACUUCGUUAUAUGAACCAUUUCGUCAAAUUGCUAAGGGAAAAACACCUUCAUUAAAACGUCUUGCAAGUGAAGAAUUAGGAAUGACAAUUCAAACGGGAAGACACUCCUCAGUUGAAGAUGCACAAGUUUGUAUGUUAUUAUAUCGUAAACAUAAAGAACAAACUUUGACAGCGCCCGAGGGUACGACCGUUGAAUUUCCUGAGUUAGAGAAUGUAUUUAAUGCUCGAAGCACAGAAUCUUCCAUCAAUAUUUUUGAUUUUGAUGGGACUUUGUUCUCUUCACCAGAACCAAACUCGGAAAUAUGGGAAAAUCGGUUGGUUGGUAUGUUGAAAGAAGAAAAUAAGGUCUAUAAAGGAUGGUAUCAAGAUAAACGGUCACUUGAUAUUGAAACGGGAAAUAGGUGGAAUAAUAGACUUGUUGAAACAGUCAAACUUUCAAUGAGAACAGAAAACAAUUUAACGGUUUUAUUGACAGGUCGAAAUUUCGACGAGUUUAACGAUAUGAUUACGGAAAUGGUUGAAAGGAAAGGAAUGAAAUUUGAUGUGAUGGGUUUUAAACCAUCUAAUAAUAAUCUUGAUUGGCAAUCAUACUAUAAGACUCAUAUUAUUAAAACUGUAGGCAAUGACAUUUAUCAAGAGAUUAUUAUGAAAAAAAGAACGAUAAAAAGAAUUCAGAAAUUAACAACAAAAAUAUUCAAAACCAACUUUAUUGAAGAUUUGAUUUUGCAUCACCCUUCAACCAUUUCAAUAAAUAUAUGGGAAGAUCGUUACCCCCAUUUGAAAGCAUUUGAAAAAUUUCUUAGAGAUUUGAAAAUUCUCGGGAAGAUUAAAGAAGGAAACGUUCAUAAGGUGAAUCUUUCGAAGAUUCAUCUUGAACCUUUCGCCGAAUAUGAUCUAGUGAUGGGUAUGGUAAAAGAUCAUAAUGAACACAAUGUUAUGAACAGGAUUGGUAUCGUAAGGAAAAUUCAAUAUGCGGGAAUCUUUUUUGAUGAUCAUGUGAUUGAUCAAUUGAAGAAGACCUUUCCACCUCCUGAAACUUAUGGGGAAUGGGUUUUUGAAGGGUCAUUCAUUCAUAUUAGAACCAAUACAAAUAACGAAUGGCUAAAUUCAAAUUGUGGAGGUAGAGGGGCCAUUGUGACGAUGAGAGUUACAGCUGUUGGUAUAUAUCAAGAACGUAUUUAUUGUUUGCGAGUGAGUGAAUAUGAAAAUAGCCAAGCAAGAACCCCUCAAGGUAUGCGCAAAGGUAGAUUGUAUAGCGAUUGUCCGGUAGCUUUCAUCAAUUUCGCCUAUGUUAAAGAUAGCGGAGGAUUUGCUAAUAAUACGGAAAUAUUUAAUUUUAAUUGGGUACCAAUUGAACAUGAAAAACAACUUGUUAUUCAAGGGGUAAUUGCAGCCAAGUUCAUUCUUGGUUUAGCUUGA